UCUCGACGACGGACGCGAACGGCCCGGCGGCGGCGGCGGCGUCGCCGCCGGCGAGCGGGGCGAGCUCGUACGACCUGUCGGGGUCCAAGUCGUGGUUCACGUACGAGGAGCUGACGGGCAUCACGGGCGGGUUCGCGGCGGCGAACGUGAUCGGCGAGGGCGGGUUCGGGAAGGUGUACAUGGGCGCGCUGGGCGACGGGCGGCGCGUGGCGGUGAAGCAGCUCAAGGUGGGCGGCGGGCAGGGCGACAAGGAGUUCCGCGCCGAGGUGGACAUCAUCAGCCGCAUCCACCACCGCCACCUCGUCACGCUCGCCGGCUGCUGCGUCACCGAGAACCACCGCCUCCUCGUCUACGAGUUCGUCCCCAACAAGACGCUCGAGCACCACCUACACGGGAAAGGACUCCCCGUGAUGGACUGGCAUAAGCGGAUGAAGAUUGCGAUCGGAGCGGCGCGUGGGCUGACGUACCUGCACGAAGACUGCCAUCCUAGGAUCAUACACAGGGACAUCAAGUCGGCCAACAUCCUCCUCGACGACGCCUUCGAGGCCAAGGUUGCUGAUUUCGGCCUUGCCAAGCUCACCAACGACUCCUUGACGCACGUCUCGACGCGCGUGAUGGGCACAUUCGGGUACAUGGCGCCGGAGUACGCGUCGAGCGGGAAGCUGACUGACAGGUCCGACGUGUUCUCGUUCGGGGUGGUGCUCCUGGAGCUCAUCACCGGGCGGAAGCCCGUGGACGCGUCGCAGCCGCUGGGAGAAGAGAGCCUCGUCGAAUGGGCCCGGACCCUCCUGGUGGACGCCCUGGACACGGGCGACUUCCGGGCGAUCGCCGACCCCGCGCUGGAGGGCAGGUUCCCCAAGUCGGAGAUGCGGCGGAUGGUGGAAGCCGCCGCCGCGUGCGUGCGCCACUCCGCCGCCAAGCGCCCGAGGAUGGUGCAGGUGUGGCGGUCGCUGGACGUGGACGAGGGCUCGUCGGACCUGACCAACGGCGUGAAGCUCGGGCAGAGCACGGCGUACGACUCCCGGCAGUACUCGGCGGACAUCGAGCUGUUCCGGCGCAUGGCGUUCGCCGGCGACGGCGACGACGGCUGCAGCGGCAGCCUCAUCUCCACCGCCGAGUUCGAGGCCUGCGGCGGCAGCGGAGCCGGUUCCACGGCGCGGCGCAAGUGAGCGAGCGGACACGUGCGCGGAGAACAGUAGAAGAAACACCCACGAGAGCGCGCGCCGUGGAGCUCGAUGGGGCGCGGGAGCUGGAACCAACCGAGCCGCCGUGACCGGGCGCGCGGCGGAGGAUUGUCGCGGCGGGAGACGAGGAGGUGACGCAGGCGCGGCGGCGGCUUCGUUGGUUGAGCCUGCCUGGCAUCGUGUCGGUGGGCAUCCGUUGCCACUCCUGCUGGUACACCUUUUUUGUGUGUGCGUGUGCAGCAGUAAAUCAGCAGGGAAAAGAGGCCCAGUUCAGAUGAGCA